UCUAUACCGAUUGGGCAAACCAUUAUUUGGAGAAGGCUCGGAACAAGCGCUUUAUCAGCGACCUCCAGCAAGAUGUCACUGAUGGGGUGCUUCUUGCCGAUGUAAUUGAGGCUGUCACUAACGAGAAAGUGAAAGACAUUAAAAGCAAGCCAAAGAACUCAGCACAGAUGGUUGAAAAUAUCAAUACAUGCCUAACAUUCCUGGCCACUCUGGGGGUCAACGUUGAAGGACUUAGUGCAAAAGAUAUAAAAGAAGGGAAUUUGAAAUCGAUUCUAGGAUUAUUUUUUAGCUUAUCGCGUUUCAAACAACAGCAGAAAUCACUACACCAGCAGAACAAGGAACACGUACAAUCCAAGGUCCAAGCAGGGGAGGUCACUCUUGAUAACCAACAUUCAGGAAUCGGAAGAAACACCCCUCAGCUCAAUGGCGGUGAAAUGCUAUCUAGGUUGCCGUCUCCUUUCAAGUCUGGCAGUAAGUGUCCCACUAUAACUAACCCAUCGUCCAAAGACGGCCAAGCACUCACUUCUACCUCCAUCAAUAACAGUCGCAACUCAAAAUCUCAGAACCACUCCAACGACAAAGUGACACGCUCACAGCUCAAUCAACAAAAUAACAACAUCUCAUCAUCGUCAUCAUCAUCAGGCUCAACAUACCUCAAUACAAAAAACAACAACCCAGCUUCCUCCCGGGCAACAUCUCCGGGUACUGGUGCUGGUGGGUCUGGAAUCCCCACUCCAGGGGGAAGGUCAUUGGUGAGUCCCCGGGGGCCAGACAAACAGCCACGGGCAGUCAGUUCUGGGAGUACAACCUCAACAAGCUCGACUGCUUCAAACAAAAGUACCUCUCACAAGGCCAGUGUCGCCAACAAAAACUCUAUGUUGGACAAAUUUAAAUUUUUCAAUUCCAAAGACAAAAGUAAAAGUAAGGGCGGUGUGCCCAAAAGUACGUCAAAGAGUAGCACCACAAGUACAAGCUCGUGUAGUGAUCGAAGUGACGUCCGAUCGACGACAAGCUCCGCACGGAGCUCAAGUUCAACUGACCCUGGAGCUAGUAGUAGUACUCCUUCUAAUGACUCUGAACCCCAAAGUCCCAAGCUCCCACCAAAAACUGGUAAAUCCCUAGUGAAGGGAUUUGGGGGUCGCCGGGAGCUCGGUGGAGUAGGUACUGAUGAGGUAGGGGCUAAGUUGAGUAAUCAAAGCCCCUCUAUACCUACUAUACCUCCAUCACAUAGCUCACAGUCUCAUUCUUCCAGUAAAAAGGUCAGCGGGAAGUCAGACCGCCGUGAGACCAGAUCGGCCCAGGCUAGUCCAACACAAGGCAAAAAGGGCGCAACCAAAAUAGGCAGCUUAAUACCAAAGUCUUCUUCGGGAAAAUCGUCAUCAAAAUCAUCACCAUCAAAUGGUCCCAACUCCUCUCAGAUUCCUACGCCCGCAAGUAGCAUUCCUAAACCAUCAUCAUCUUUGGGCAAAUCUAGUAAAUCUACCAAGGAAGAGAAGUCAAAACUACAAAGUAAGAGUCAGCAUUCGUCGCCAUCAUCAUCCUCAUCUGCUUCAUCGUCAUUGCCCCAAAAAUCUCAUCAUGUCUCCUCACCAAAAUCUAUGCAAUACCAGCCUCAGGCUCCGCAGCCUUCCAACAGUAUUAACCAUUCAAAAGGCUCAACACAUACGCCUGAGGGAAGCAGUGACCAAUCAAAAUUGAGCUCUCAGGAUCCAGCAACAGAUGAAAAAAUGCAGCAUAGAACUAGAUACACAGAGAUUGAAUACUCAGAUGGAAAGAUUGAACGUGUGGGUGAAGGCCAUUUUGCUAAACCAAACAAUUUAUUAGUGUCCCCAAAAGUAGGUGGUGGCCAUUUCCAAGGCAGUGAUAGGACACAUGACGUAGGUGUUGCUGGGCAACCAAAUAUGAUUCCAUCAUCUCAGACGGUAAAUGUGGUGAAACCAACGUGUUCUGUGGCUACCACAGCUACAACAGUGAUGACAAAGUCUGAUGGAAAUACUCAGACAUCACUCUCCGUGUUGAAUCGAGCGACACCCCCACCUCUCCCAAAAACAGAACCUCCACAAAAAAGUCAUGCAAAGGACAAGGAAUACAAGAUGUCGGGGAGUCAGAGUGGUUCAGGACACUCUACUCCGGUAUCAGUGUCUGGGAGUGAUUCCACCCCCUCAAGUCAGAGUGGACCCAGCACCACUGGGUCCUCCUCAAAUGAAAGUGUGAUAUGCAAUAAAUCGCUUAAUGUGGACGAUUUCUCUGGGUCAGAAAAAAGUAGUACUAGUGCAACAAACUCUCCAAGACUCGGAAUGAAAGUGAUACAUUCUCAAUUACAGAGACCCGCUAAUAAUGUUGCAAUAGUUCAGCCCCGUCAUGGGGAAAAGAUCGAAACGACUUUUGAUACUGAAAUUAGAACGGAAACCGUGAAUAAAGAUAUUGACACAUCUAAAAAUAACCUUCGAGAAACAACAUUUUCAGAAAAAUCAGAAAAAGAUCCAACGUUUGUAGAUGAUUCUGGUGAAGCUAUGGAUAUCAAACCAAUGCAACCAAUCAUGCGUGCAAUGCCUUAUGGGUCGUCAGGAUAUUUACGUGGGUAUGGGACACCUGGCUCACCAGCAUCGGGGAAGAUCUUUCAUAACCCUGGUUAUGCCACACCAACCACUGCGUAUUAUGCCCGGACAAGUAGUCUGGGAAUUAACCGGCCUAUCAUUGGCGAUCCUAAUAAAUAUUAUACAGGAUCUAUCAAACGGGCCCAAUCAACGGGCCAGAACAGCUCCAUCGACACUGAUUACAGUUCAGAUUACGAUACAUAUGACUAUGUGUCUGGGUACAUGUCGGAUGGUGACAUCCUCAAAGGCAACAAGAUGGGUGACGAUAUGGCUAGUGGUUACCUGUCUGAGGGCGGAGCCUCCCUGUACGCAAGACGACUCCAACAACGAUUCCGAGAGGGAAUGCAAGCUGUGAAGGAAUGUAUGCAGAAAAGUACAGGUCUCUUGGACGAUGACAGUUUUGACGACAGCAGCUCCAUCAGUAGUGGUGAUAUCAGUGAUACCAUUAAUGAGAUCAGUACCGAUGAGGGAAACCUCACAGGAGGAUCAUCACGUGAUAGUGAACGCAAUCCCUACGGGAGCCUCAAACGCAAUCCAAAAGAAUUGGGCCGGAAUCUCACCAAUGGCAACUUCCAAGGCCAAUUCCCAACACAGAAACGUGCACCAAACUUAGGCACAAGUGCUUUCCUAGGAAGUGAUUAUUCAAGUGAUGCUACUCCAGUUUCCGGAUGGCGGAAAUACUCUCUACCUCAAACCAAUCGCCUUCUGAGCAGUGACCCUGCUGACUACGCUCAUCUGUAUAACGGCUACGACCACAGCCAGUGGCGGCCUAACCAGGGCAACGUGGGCCAGUUACGCAAGUUGUCUAAUUCCAGUCAGCCAGAAAUUCACCAUUACAGGGCACAUAGUGCCGACGCAGCUGAUAGCCAAAGUGACAAGGGAGGUUACUCUAGUGCAGGCUUCCUCACAAAGAGGGACAGUGAAACUAAUACUGAUCAAUCGCAUCUCUUGGAUUCAAGUAUGAGGCGCAUGCAGACACAACGAGCACACUCCGCAGGUGGUCAGGUAACUUAUGGUUACCGAAGACCACUUAGCAACACCAGUAACUCCUCUGUUGGUAGUAACAAAAGCACUGGAUCUAACACAGGUAAAACAUCGGCAGUGGGGAGCCGCCUAGCUAAACAUGGCAUGUUGGUGGAUGGUCAGACAAACGGUAAGUCAAUGGAUGUGAACGGGGGUAGUUCAAUACCUCGUCCCGGAAGUGCGACCGGCAUGAGGGCCACAACCCCAGGGGGAGGUAACCCCCGGACUGAUAUGGGGCCAGAGGCAUAUAGUAGUGCUACCCUCGAACGCAAGAAGAAGGGGCUCAAUGGAGCUCCAAAAUCAACUAGUGCAGCGCAGACCGAUCCAGGGGAAUUGUACAAAUCCAACACCCUUGGAAGGACAAAGAAAGUGUUUGGCAGCCGGAACAGUCUGAGCAAGACCCAGGCACAAGGUGAAAAUGGUUCUUUGUGUAGUAGUACAAUUAUAUCAAAUCCUCAUGCCACUUAUAGUAAAGCUGGGCCUCAGUCUCCACAGAAUGGUUCACACAAUGGCACAUAUGUGGCCAUGGAGUAUGGCAGUCCGCGCAAUUCCGGCGCAGGACAGGGUGUCUGGCUCAAAACACCCAAUGGCACUAUGGCCAUGGGCAUGUCAGAAACCGAGUCCAUGGAAUCAAUAUCGUCUCACGCUUCAAGCAUACAGGCUCAAAUUCAGCAGGCACGGGCCUUAAGUGGUGCUAGUGCUCGUAUCCUCGCUCAUCGCGAUGGUCAGGGCACACCUAACGGCCUGUCACGGUCCAAUAGUCUCAAAUCCAGCCAAUCUGACUCUGUGUAUGCCCAGCAAUCGCAAAUGUCUGAAGACAUCACUCGCACAAACUCCUUUUCUCAACUUCCGAGCCCUCCCGCACCUUCCUCCCCAACACCAAGCAACUCUUCUCAUUCAUCGUCACGCUUUACAUAUCCCAUGACUGCUGCGUACGGCAGCGGCGGUGCCUACCCAACAAACUCGGCCAUGGUGAGGUCAAACACACAGUCCAGUCUGCCGUACGGAAGCCUUGUCUUGUCCAAGAUAAACAAGGAAGAGGACAGCAGUCGUCUGACAAAAUCCUCCACUUUGGACUAUAGUUAUUUCUCGGGCGACUAUGAUUAUUCAUAUUCCUCUGUACAUGGCUCCAACUUGUCCCUGGUGUCCAGUUCAUCUUCCAUAUAUUCUUCUAAUGAAGAGAAGCACAACCAUGAGAUUCGAAAACUUCGACGCGAAUUGGAGUCAGCCCAGGAAAAAGUUUUGACGUUAUCAACGCAGUUGAGCACCAAUGUCAAACGAGCUCAUGUGGUGGCUGCCUUCGAACAGUCGCUGUCCAAUAUGACAAAUCGGCUCCAGCAUCUCACCUGCACAGCCGAACAAAAGGACUCCGAGUUAAAUGAACUGCGUGUCACAAUCGAGGCAUUGAAAAGACAAAGUGGCCUAAACAUCCCCGAUCCUAUAAUCAGUCCCAAUGCUGGCCGCAGACACACAUCACCGGGUAUGGUCGCCAACUGUAGCCCUCAGCAUCACCCCUCGCCACACCACACCCCAGGCCGCGCCUUCCACACGCUGCCCAUGCCUCUUGAAGGUCGAAUGACAAGACAGAUGUCCACUGAUAGUGUUUCAAGUAUAAAUAGUAUGUCCAGUGCCUGUAGUAUGACCAGCCAACAGUCCGCCGCCACAGACGGAGACAUCGGCAAGAAAAAGAAAAAGAAGGGAUGGUUACGGAGUUCAUUCAGUAAAGCAUUUUCACGGAAGAAGAAUCGGAAUGGUUCUAUGUCUGAUUGUGAACUGGAUAGCACAAGUUUCCGGUCCAAUAUGUCUGCUCCGAAUUCCCCAUUGUUACAGGUCCACAUGCCAAAUGGAUCUGGACUAAUAAAGGGAUCUCAUUCCUCGUCAGCGUUGUAUGAAGCAGAGGACAUGGGAUCAGUAUUAGAAUUACGAAAACAGUUACGUGAUAAAGACAUGAAACUGACAGAUAUCCGACUGGAAGCAUUGUCGUCUGCUCACCAGUUGGAACAACUGAGGGAAACAAUGACAAAAAUGAAGUCUGAAAUGGGUGCCUUGAAAGCAGAUAAUGAUAGAUUACAACGAAUGAUGUCAGCUAGAAAUUUGAACACAUCCCAGAAUUCCCUAGCCCACACACGAGCAGGAAGUAAUAGUGAUACACUUGAGAGGUCGCUCAGCAUGCAAGAACAGCCUAGUUUAGAAAUGCUGCUAGCGGAGACUCCAGACAGGGAGGGGAAGAGAGUUACUAUUAUGGUAUAUCUCGGCUCAAAUCCUGAUCCAAUGAGGAUGGGAGUGGAGAGACCUGCUGAAGUUUUGAUAGGCUCACUAUCAGUCAGUGGAAAGACAAAGUGGGAUAUUCUAGACAAUAUUGUUAGAAAGAUAUUAAAGGAGUAUGUGUUACGGGUUGAUCCUGUCACAAACUUAGGUUUGAGUGCAGAGAGUGUUUGUAUGUACCAUAUAGGGGAAAUAAUCCGAACCAAAAAUGCGGAUUUACCAGAAUUACUACCAGUAGGCUACCUUGUGGGGGACACAAUGCAAAUAGGAAUAUGUCUCAAAGGUACAAAACAGAACAGUGUGGACUCAUUAGCGUUUGAAACGCUAAUCCCCAAGUCUAUUGUCCAGAGGUAUGUGUCGCUGCUCCUGGAACACAGACGUAUCAUUCUUUGUGGACCCAGCGGCACUGGCAAGACGUACCUGGCACAGAAACUUGCCGAACACUUGGUUCUCAGAUCUGGGAAGGAACUGACUGCUGGUUCGGUCGCCACCUUCAAUGUGGACCACAAGUCUGCUAAGGAACUUCGGCAGUACCUGUCUAAUAUUGCUGACCAGUGUGAGAACUCCAGUGUCGGGGAGCUGCCGAGUGUCAUUAUCCUCGACAAUCUUCACCAUGUUGGUUCUCUGGGUGAAGUCUUCAAUGGAUUUUUAUCUGUCAAGUACCAGAAAUGUCCGUACAUUAUUGGUACCAUGAACCAAGCGACAUGUUCUACAACAAACCUCCAACUCCACCACAACUUCCGAUGGGUGUUGUGUGCCAAUCAUAUGGAACCUGUCAAAGGAUUUCUGGGCCGUUACCUCCGCCGGAAGUUGGUGGAGGCUGAGGUGCGGACAAGCAUCCGUAACAACGACCUCAACAAAAUCAUCGAUUGGAUCCCGAAAGUCUGGCUCCAUCUCAACAAGUUCCUGGAGACCCACAGUUCAUCAGACGUCACAAUAGGACCAAGACUGUUCCUUUCCUGUCCAAUGGAGAUCCCAGGCUCCAAAAUCUGGUUCACCGACCUCUGGAACUACUCCAUCAUCCCUUACAUGUUAGAGGCUGUGAGGGAGGGGCUACAGGUUUAUGGCCGACGAGCUCCGUGGGAAGACCCCACAGAUUGGGUCCUUGAGACUUAUCCAUGGGCUACGGCCAAGGAUGAGGAUCCUGCCUUGCUGCGGAUUCGUCCGGAAGAUGUCGGAUAUGACACACAGGGAGUGAUUUCCGCUGGAAACAGUCCACAACCGCAGAAGGCCAAAACAUUAGAAAUGAAGGAAACAGGAAAUGGAGACCCAUUGCUUAACAUGAUCAUGCGCCUGCAGGAAGCUGCGAAUGGUUCGAGCAGCGCUCAAAGCCAAGAUAGUGAUUCGACAAGCCUGGACAGCUUUAGUAGCCACGACAUUUCUACGUCAAGUGUCGAGUCCGCUCUGUGAAUGCCACGUUUAAUAUGUGUGACAUUGUAAUCAUGUCAUGUGAUUCGUACCGACCAAUUAAAACACUCCCUGGCUUCCCUGCAUUGUUAAUAACAAUAUCCAUCGGUAGCUGCCUUUUUGUCAUAACCAAUUUAACAUGGUGCUAAAUUUAGACGUCAUUAUGAUCUUAUAACGUGAUAUUCUCUAAGGCCAAAAUGGAAGCAUGCAAUGACGUCACAAGUUGGCAUACGACAAUGUUACCGAGUGUUUAAGAUAACUGUGUGAAGAAGAGGAUGCUGAAUUCCAGUGAUAUGUUUUGUAGUUAUGUUUGGAUUUGUAUGUAGAAAUUAUCUCAAAGAUAUCAAACAACAUGCAUUUCCAGGUGUUCCAAUAUUCUUGGUUGAAACUGUUAAUCUGUCUGUUCUUAUUUAAACCAUUUUACAGAAAUUACUUUAGACCUGAAGUUUUAUGAGAACAGUUUGUUUUUUGGGUUUAUUUCAAGAAUAUUGGAUCACCUUUUUUGUUGAAUUUUAUGAUUUCUUUGUUUUAUGAAGUUUUUGAACUUUCAAUGUUUUUCUCUAAAUAUUUCAGUGUUGUUUAUUGCUUUUAUUGUAUGUUAUUUUUUGUGUAGUGAUACUUAUGUGAUAUGGCAUGGUUGGUUGUCUCCCUUGCAUGGGUGGUGUGCUGUACCCUGUGUUUGUACUCGUGUAAUUGGUGUACAGUUAUGUAACACUCUAAGUGGGAGAUAUUCUUCAUUCAGUAACCUAGAUAUAAAAAAAUAUGGAAGUUUAACAUAUUCAAACUAAGAUAAUCUUUUAAAUGGAAAAAGAACCAAUGUUAGUGGGAAGCAUAAUCAAGGACCAUAUAGAAAAAGGAGAAACUGUUAUAGAAAACUUCAAUAUUUGUAUUGUUUAUAUUUGGAAAUUAUAAAAUGUUUUUAAAGAUGGCACUAAUUUCAAAAAUGAAACUUAAGUUAUAACCAGAAAUUCUUAUAUGAUCUUUUAUCUAUUAAUAAUUGUCAAAGUUGUCAAAAUGACCAUGUUGUUAUCUUGACUUUCCUGAGCAUUUCCGGUAAAGUUGUCUCUCUGUAUGACAGGUCCCUCCACAGCAACUCAGUCAGGAUGGAGACGCGUGAAUCUCGGACAUAGUUGGACAGCCAAAGUGUGCUAUGGGCCAUAACUCAAAAUGUCCUAAGGGACAUAACUCAGUGUGCAAAUGAAAGGGCUAGUUUCAUUAACAAACAUUACUCGGAAGGUUCUAAGGAAUAUUAUUCAGUGUUCAAGUGAAAGAACUUAAUCAGAAAAAAACUUAUCCUGAAGGACAAGAAAGUUUGCCAUUUGAGAUAUUACAAGAAUUAUUUGACGCUAAGGUGCAUAUCAGCACACAGAUAGCAUGGCUCUUAAGGUCAAUAUAAUACAUGCAUAUUAACCAGAAAAUGUAUACCAGUUCAACAAAAUUAUAUAUCAAAGAUAGAAUGUCAUGGAAUGAAAGUUUUAUAUAUCAAUCCUUUUAUACCAACCUAUCUGCUUCUGCAGACACAAAAAGUGUUAUGUGCCAACAAUCUGGUGACCUUUGACCUGUUGAUUUGGGUGUAAAGGUCCUGUCAAAGGUAUGUUUAAUUCAUGAAUAUUCAUAAGCUUUACCAUGAACUCUCCAUACCUCUGAUCCAGCAUUGUUGGUGGGCUGUGAUUUAGAGCAUUAGAGCUCCCUUAGUUGAGAUUUUAAUGUCGCCUUCUAAUUCCGUAUGGGAAGGUGAAGGACAUGCUUAGGCUGAAGGUGUUUGUGGGCUGUAGGUAUAAAUAGACUCAACAUUAUUAAACAUCCAUAGUACAAAAGAGCAGUUAAGAUAUCAUGUACGAAUGUUGUCAUCUUAAUUUUCCCACCAUAUUUGAUAUUGAAUUCUACUUGAUAUUGUCUACCCAAUUUGUGCACAGCAUUUGUAUGAUCACCUGGGCUUCGCAAAUAUUGUCCCGCUAUCGACAUUGUACAGCAGAAGGUUUGUUGAUAGGUCAGUCAAUUUUUCAAAUUAUUUGAAAAAUCAAGGGGAAAAAAUGUCCAAGAUUUGAAUCAAAAGGAAAAUUGGCAGAUUUUCAAUUUUGAAAUUAAAAAUACAUAUUAUAUAUGAAGUGUGACUAAUUAGUGAUAAGAUGAUUCCAGAGGCUGAUUUAUCAACAGACAUUUCUCUUUCCCAUUAUUCAAUUGCUUGUGGUGACAGCAAUUAAAUGCCAGCAAAGUUUCAGGUGGAAGGUCUAAUAUUGUAGUAUGCUUAAUUGGGGCCCAUCAAGGUGAAUGUUCCAGGACUUGAUUGGGUUCUUAUUGUGCAAUAUGCUUGAUCAGGGUCCUAACAUUUUGACCCUAUAAAUGUGCAAUAUGCUUUUUUUAAAUGUUUUUUCUAUUUGUAAUUCUGCACCUGAUUCAUCAACAGCUGAUUUCGUAUUCCACUUUAGGAAUUUUCCGACAAGGGGGGCUUGACGGCCUACAACACUUCCUGGUGAUAAAAUUGGAACUGGUAGUUGUUUUUGGAUUUUUUAUUUCUUUUUUUUUUUAAGGGGGAUUUUGAGAUUUGUGAUAUUGGUUUGAACUUGUUUUAUUAUAACAAAUUGAUUAAAAUUUAAUGUUAAAUUUUGCAUCCUAUGUUCUUGAUAGAAAUAUAGGAUGCAUUUGAAUUUCUUCACUAUCAAAAUGCAGGUUUGGGCAGUCCAGUUUUAUGAUAGACGUGAUUUGAACUAGGACAUAUUUCGUUCCUGUAUGGUAUAUGGUUAUGCAGCAUGUAGCUUAUAUUUUGGGAAUUUUUGUUUGGCUGUUUAAUUAAGCUUAUAAACUGUGUGAUAUUUAAAGUGGAAUGCUAUAUAGAUUUAAGUGGAAUUAUAUCUUUUUAGCAACUAAGCCUAAUUUGAUUUUCCCGACCUUUAUCAUUAUAGGUUAGAGAGAAUUUUUACAAAUUCAUUAGGUUUACAAAGGAUCAGUUUCCUUGGCAACAGUUUAGUGUUUGCUUGGAUUGAAAAAGAUGACAUUUUGACUACUUUUCUAAAGAUCUUCUUUUAAGUUAAAUGUCUAUGAAAAAUAGAUGUGCAAUACUUUUCUACCCAAUCUGAAUCAAAAACAAGAUCAAAUAAAAUCAAAUAACAGAUUGAAAUAGAGAUGUUUUAUUCAUUUACAAAUUUAUGGAUCGCCAGAUCAGAUUAAUUAAAUCAUUAAAGUGUAUCCAUAUAAGGUUACACAAUGGAAAUCGUGGAGAUAUUAUCCAGUGAAAAUGGUUGAUAUGUUAUCCAAUGGAAAUAGUUUAUUAGUUAUCCAAUGGAAAAAAUGGAUAUGUUAUCCAAUGGAAAAAGUGGAUAUGUUAUCCAAUGGAAAAAGUAGCAUUUUCAUAGUUAUCAAAGCAAUGGAAAUGUAUUAUCCAAUGGAAGGAACCGAGAGAAGAUUUCAUGGAUAUUUUAUUCAGUUAAGAUAUCUAAAAUAUACCAGUGUGAUCCAAGAGUCUAGUCACAGAAGUUUCUUAUACCAAUUGUGAUUGGCUGAAGUAUGACUGAAUAAGUAUUUAAGUGAAUGAAAGUGCGAGUGGUGUUUUUUCAGCGUGUUUUUUCUUGCAAGCUUUGUGUGUAUGAUAAUAUUACACAGACAAAGUACAUUUAAUUGAGAUUGUUACAUAUAUUUAAAUCACUUUACCAUGUAUUAACAUUACGAUGUGCAUUAUUUGUAAACUAUAAAGUGUUGAGGAUUCAAAGUCUAUUCAUCGUCACGUGCCCCUCCUUGUUAAGCCUAUGUUAACAUGUUGAAGUAUCUGAUCCCAAAUAGUGCUAGAUUGAAUGUUGUAUAGCACUUGUCAGUUGCUUAUGGCAACAGUUUAAACAAAAAUUUGUAUAACUAACCUGCAGCUGUUUAUCGAAUGUUGAACAAUAGGAAACGGUUUGGUGUUAUGACUACAGAAUGCUGAUUGUUCAGUAUGGUUCAAUAAGUUUUUCUCCCACAAAUUAUUAUUAGGAAUCAUUAAAUAUUAUGAACAUUUUUAACAUUUAUAGAAACAUAGUUCAUUUUCUUUAAAGUUGACUGCUGAAGACUACAUUUUUUAUCUUAAAAUUGAUUCAAAAUUAGUCGAAAUGGUUUCAUUUUUAUUACACAGUUUUAACAAGAAUUUACAUAAGCUUUUCUGUCCUGUGUCACUUUAAUUCCCUCAGGAUGUAAAUUUAUAAUUAAUUUUGAUGUGAAUAUCAUUACACUGUCAUUGUAUGUUAUAACUUAUGUAUUUAUUUGUAUCUGUGAUUUAAUUUUAACCUGGAAUUUCAUGUGCAUAUGUCCAGACCGUACAAUGUAUUCAGGAUUUCACACAAAUCAUCUGAAUAUUAUCAUUUCUUUUAGAAUAAGGUUUUACUACUAAGCAGUAUUGUAGCUACUUAAAAAUAAUUCUUGUUUGGAACAUUCAUGGGUGGAUGAGUGGAGUAUUUUAAAUGAAUAAUGUUUAACAAUAAAACCUAGUACAUGUAGGAAUAAAGCAAGAAUUACUUAAUUCAAGGGAGCUAACUGAUACAGAACUUGAGGUGCUACACAAUGUUCACAGUCGAUAGUGUUCAAACCUAGUACGUGUCUGGAAAUGUUUGACCUUUUUACGCAGUCAUAUUUAGGAAUGGAAGUAUUAAGAGCUAUAUGUAUAAUUCCCCCUUUGUACAUAGGAAUAUCCCCAUUUUUAUUAGCUUUAUUUAAUUCUUUAGAGAUUGCGGAGACAAUAUUAUACAUGUUCAGUAUAGCAAAAGAGUUAUAAUGGAAUAAACAGUGAUAUUUCAUUCUGAAAACAGCAUGGUGGACAUUUUUCAAUUUCUAUUACAUCUUUUUAAAAAAGAAAUGGUAGAAAAAUAUUUACCUUUUUGCUAUGUUCAGAGGUUUUAGUGUUUACCCAAGCAACUAUAGAAAUAUAUAACUUAUGUCAGUCAAGAAAAGGAGAUCUUUACUACAUACUGUUGAACAAUGGAAUGGUAGAUGGUUCUCUAUGGUAGAUGCUGAUGUGUUAGAAAUAUUCUGCUAUGGUGCAUCUUGUUUAUGGAUAGACUGGUAAACAUCAGUUGAAAUGGGGUCAGUUUUUCUUUUGUAAUAAAAUAGAAAAUUAUGGAUGGUUUCCAUAGUUCAAUAAAAAUAUUUAUUUUAAAAAAUUA